GAUCCUAUUACAUUACACGUCGCCCCUCCAAACCUUCGAACAAUGGCCUGGCCAUAUCCUUGAAAUAACUAUUCCAUGUAGCUCAUGGAAGUUACAAGAACAAAACUCACGUUCGGACGAAAUUCCUAAUACACAACAAUUACAGGGUGGCGGAUGCACAUCGCAAAACUACAGCAAUAUUUCCUCCGCAAAACGCAUAGGUGCUGACAAAUUCGACAAAAAAGCAAUACUAAGGAGUGCAUACUUCCUGUUCACAAUAGAGCAUAAGAAAUAUGGCCACCAGCACCGAUGCUGUCCCUAUAGAAGCGGCGGAAUGUAUACAGGUGGAUGGUGCAGAACACAAGAUAGUCGACAUAGGAACUGGCGGAGAUGUUGUUCUCGAAGUUCUCUUCGAAAACACAAAAGCUUGCACAAAGUCGAUACCGAACGAGACGAUUCAAAAGCUACGCAUGGCAAAAUCGCCGUUUCCUUCAGCGCGGGUGUUCUACCGUGUCCGCCUUGACACUUUGAAGAAACACUCAAAAUAUUUCGAACGGCUUCUUGGUUCAGAUACAUUUGGAGAAGGUCGGGCUAUAUCCGCCAGGUUUGCAGAAUUGUCCCUUUCGAGCAAAGAUCCUUCAGAGCUACCGGCAGGAGAGCUCCCUCGAAUACAAAUCACAGAUGAAGAUGAUGCAACGAGGACCAUCGGGAGGGAGAUAGUUUUCAAAGAUAUGCUCAAGAUUAUUCAUGGCAUAGCACAUUCUAGCAAGUCUAUUACUCUUCUAUACAUCUCAAUUUUGGUAGUCAUGGCAGAUAGAUAUGAUUGCAUGACUAUGAUCGCGCGCUACAUCACAGGAAAAUUCUCAAACUUCCGAUACCCACCAACUCUCGACAAAACCGCGGAAGAAGUUGUGCGGCAGAAAAUACUGAUAUUUUACCAUACUAACCAAGCAUUGCGCUUGUCCCCAGCGACGAAGGAACUUAUUCUUCGCGGUUCAUCCCGCUGGUCAAUAUAUGAAGAGACAGAUUCUGACUUUCUAGCUGCUUGGUGGGAUCUGCCGGAAGGCCUAGAAGCUGAGCUUUCAUAUCGUCGAUCACGGAUAAUUCUGACGAUUUCUUCCCUACAAACCAAUUUUCUCUCUAUGUAUACAUCUCGAACACGACAAUGUAAAUUGGGCUAUGAUUCGUCAGCUGCCUGCGAUUCCUUCCAGCUUGGUGAAAUGGUCAAGUUCCUCACGAGAAAAAACCUUCUCUCACUCAUUCCAUUUCAAGCAGUCUCUCCCGACGACCCUGAAUUUAUUUGGCCCGAAGCAUAUACUGGUGAUAUCGAACAGCUAGUUGCAUUAUUGCGAGAAUGUCCAAGCUAUCAAAUUGAUAAGAAUCAUGGCCAUUGUGGCUUACGUAAUAAAUUGCUUCCUGCUCUUAGCUACAUCAAAGAUUGUGUCGAUGGUGGCAUUGGAAUUAAAUCCCAAUUAUGGAAAACAGAAAGAUCAAAUCAAACCUGGAUUCCUAGCCCGUCGACAAAUACCAGCAACAAGAAGGCAUUUGUUGUAGGAGGCAAAGCAGUAGGAGAUGACAGGCCAGAAAAGCUUUUCGAUUUCAAAAGCUUGAAUAGAGAGGACCUUACGUCUGGCGGAAGGUCACUUGGUGUAGACAAAGCAGCGAAGAAAUUGUUUCUAGCUGACAAGUGGGAUUGGAUAAGGGAAGUAGAAACGGAGAAAGAGAAAGAGAGGAUGUCAAAAUCUUCGUUUUUCAGAUUCUGAAGAUCUGGACAUAAUUACUAAUAAUACCUAUACAUAAAGAGUAUCGGGUCGAGGAAAUGUAUUUGUGCCGUAUUCCGAAUGACAGUCGGCAAUCACAAUGGGCGGCGAGCGUGGAAAAUUAUCAUCCAGAUGGAGUUAUACCAAAUGAGAUAUAUCAUAUGGCCAACCCUGUGGGCGCAAUGCCAAUAUCUGGGGUAGAUCUCCAUUCAAGCCCCAAGAAGGUUGAGAUAAUUUAGAUACUAGUGCAAAAGCCUACCGCCAAAAUUCAAUCUUGAAACACCCUUUCCGUUUCACUAAAAGGCAUGGCAGCAACGAAUUGAUCAAUCAAAAAGGAGAACCUUGGAAAGUUCUAGCCAUGAAAGAAUAGAUUAAUUAAGCAAUUCUAAUCUCACCAGAAAACAAGCUUUUUGACACCCA